AUGGAUGAUUAAACUCUUUUAGAAAGAAUAAUAGUAAUAGAAGAAUAGUGUAAAAAGAUUAGAAGCUCACUAAGUUCAAUGUAAUUGUACCUUAAUAUAUAAUUGAUAAUUGUCAUAAGUUAUAUUUCAUUACCUUGGUUGUAUGAAUAUUAAAAGGCAUCAAUUUUUUACUUGAUUUGGAGAUUAUUACAAUAUUCAUUUCAUCUGUUUAGCGUAAUCCAAAUAAAAAAAACUGUAGAAAUAAUUUCUGAAAGUUCAAGAUAAUUUAUAGAAUAAUUGAAUGAUUCAAUCGAUGUUUGGGCUGCAGUUAAGGGAAAUCACGGAGCUUUAAACAAAUGCAAUUAAUUUGUUUAUAUUAUAAUGUUCGGUUUAGGAAAUGUUGUGUUUUUGUAAAAUACUUUAUUGCUUAGUAAAUGGAUUUUAGUUGUUCAAUUGAUAUUUGGAUGGGUAGUUUUAGCAACAAUCACUCUUGGCUUACUUGCAGUAUGUUUGAUAUUGCCAUUUUUGAUAUACAAAGCAUAUCGCUAAAGGUUAGAAGAAGAAAGAAGAAGAUAAGAACAAGCCCUUAGGUUAACAAGAACUUAAUUUAAAUUCUCUGAAUUAAAUGGUCAAACCUUUUAGCCUUGUUAUAUUUGUUUACAAAAUUAUGAAAACGAUGAUCUAAUAGUUAAAUUAACUUGCAAUCCAAAUCAUGUAUUUCAUUCAGAUUGUAUUCGGCCAUGGGCUGAAAUAAAUGAUACAUGUCCUGUUUGUAGAUAAAGAUUAUAAUAAUAAUGA